AAAACAACGCCACCGGUGGUUCCUAAGAAACCCUCCUUGGAGCCUUGGAAAACCUCCACAAUUCCCAUCGCCGUAAUAUGCUUGUCCGCUUUGUGCGUCCCUUUCCUCGAUUUCUUCUAUACACGCCGCAACCAAUUCCCUUUUUUCGUUUUUGUUCGUAGAACACAACCAAUUCCUCUUCAUCUUUGUCCUUUGCAUUUGCAGCUCCUAUAUAAAGCAUCCAUGGAAAAGCGCAAGGUCCGCAUGCAAAAGCGCGGGAGAGUGGUGUACCGUAGUACCCUCGGUGCUUUCUGGUGCGUGCUUACUGCGCAGCAGCUGCUAGCUAACUAGCUCCGGAGUACUUGGAGAUCAUAGGGGAGACGACGACGACGACGGUGAUGGCUGCCUCGCCGUUCCCCACGGUGGAGAAGUGCUCCUCCACCGACCGGUCCGGCGACACGGUGGUGGCGGACCUGGACGGCACGCUGCUGUGCGGCCGGAGCUCCUUCCCGUACUUCGCGCACAUGGCGUUCGAGACCGGCGGCGUGCUGCGCCUGCUGCUGCUCAUCGCGCUGGCGCCGCUCGCGGGCCUCCUCUACUACUUCGUGUCCGAGCCGGCGGGCAUCCAGGUGCUCAUCUUCGCGUCCAUGGCGGGGGCCAGGGUGGCCGACAUCGAGGCCGUGGCGCGGGCGGUGCUGCCCAAGUUCUACUGCGCCGACCUCCACCCGGAGUCGUGGCGCGUCUUCUCGGCGUGCGGCCGCCGGUGCGUGCUCACCGCGAACCCGCGGAUCAUGGUGGAGGCGUUCCUCAAGGAGUACGUCGGCACGGACGUCGUCGUCGGCACGGAGCUCGUCGUGUGGCGAGGCCGCGCGACGGGGCUGGUGCGCUCCCCGGGCGUCCUGGUCGGCGAGCAGAAGGCGGACGCGCUCCGGAGGACGUUCGGCGACGACGUCGCGCCCGAGGUCGGCCUCGGCGACAGGAAGACGGACUACCCGUUCAUGAGGCUGUGCAAGGAGGGCUACGUCGUGCCGGCGACGCCCAAGCUGAAGCCCGUGCCGCGCGAGAACCUGCCGAAGCCGGUGGUCUUCCACGACGGGCGGCUCGUCCAGAAGCCGUCCCCGGCGCUCGCGCUGCUCACCGUGCUCUGGAUCCCGAUCGGGUUCCUGCUCGCGUGCCUGCGCAUCGCCGCGGGCGCGCUCCUGCCGAUGCGCAUGGUGUACCACGCGUUCCGCGCCCUCGGCGUCCGUGUCACCAUCAGGGGAAACCCUCCGCCGCCGGCAAGCCGCGAGACGGGCCAGACCGGCGUGCUCUUCAUCUGCUCCCACCGCACCCUCCUCGACCCCAUCUUCCUCUCCACCGCCCUGGGCCGCCCCAUCACCGCCGUCACCUACUCGGUCUCGCGGCUGUCGGAAAUUCUGUCGCCAAUCCGCACGGUGCGCCUGACCCGAGACCGCGCGGCGGACGCGGCCAUGAUCCGGCGGCUCCUGACCGAGGGAGACCUGGUGAUCUGCCCGGAGGGGACGACGUGCCGGGAGCCGUUCCUGCUGCGUUUCUCGGCGCUGUUCGCGGAGCUGACGGACGAGAUCGUGCCGGUGGCGAUGGAGAACCAGAUGAGCAUGUUCCACGGGACGACGGCGCGAGGGUGGAAAGGGCUGGACCCUUUCUACUUCUUCAUGAACCCGAGCCCCGGGUACGUGGUCACGUUCCUCAACAAGCUCCCAGCAGAGCUCACCUGCAAUGGCGGCGGCAAGAGCAGCCACGAGGUGGCCAACUACAUCCAGCGGCUCAUCGCGUCCACGCUGUCCUACGAGUGCACCAACUUCACACGGAAGGACAAGUACAAGGCGCUCGCUGGCAACGACGGCACCGUCGUGUCCAAGCCCAACAUUGACAAGAACAAGGUCAUGGGCUGCUAGUUUAGCGCACUGUGGAAGCCUAACGGGCCUCGGAUUAAAAGGCCUAUAAUAAUGCGGGCUUCCGUGCUACAUAUUUUCCGUACCUGCGUCUGUUUUUACUCAAAAAGAAAAAGAAGGAAGAAGAUACCUGCGUCUGUUUUGCUAAAAAGAAGAUACCUGCGUCUGUAAUCGUUUUUCCUUUUUGAACAGAAUGGAGCUAUUAUAUUAAAACUCA